AUGUGUCAGUACUGUAUGAGGCACUAAGUGAAAUAUAUAUAUGCCCUUACAGGGUUUAGCACAUCGGGUCCACCUCCAGGGUACAGGCUGUAGCUCAUUCUGACCACUGCUCCUCUCCCAGGAAUCACUUCUUAAGUGGUUUUUUGCUUGGGGUUUUGGCUUUUUUUUUUCCAAACUUUUCUUUUUUUAGGGCACUUUAACUUUUCCAGUUUAAGCAGCACAAAAUGGCACCAAAGAAGGACGUAAAGAAACCGGCGGCGGCCGCCGCGCCGGCACCAGCACCGGCACCAGCACCUGCACCAGCCAAGCCCAAAGAACCCGCCAUCGACCUCAAGAGCAUCAAGAUCGAGUUCUCCAAGGAGCAACAGGAUGACUUCAAGGAGGCCUUCCUCCUCUUUGACAGGACUGGUGAUGCCAAGAUCACCCUCAGCCAGGUUGGCGAUAUCAUCCGGGCACUGGGGCAGAACCCUACAAAUGCAGAGGUCAACAAAAUCCUGGGAAACCCCAGCAAAGAGGAGAUGAAUGCCAAGAAGAUUACUUUUGAAGAGUUCCUGCCCAUGCUGCAAGCAGCUGCCAACAACAAGGAACAGGGCACCUUUGAAGACUUUGUUGAGGGUCUGCGUGUCUUUGACAAGGAAGGCAAUGGCACGGUCAUGGGUGCUGAGCUCCGUCACGUACUGGCUACUCUGGGUGAAAAGAUGACAGAAGAAGAAGUAGACGAACUCAUGAAAGGUCAGGAGGACUCAAAUGGCUGCAUCAACUAUGAAGCAUUUGUAAAGCACAUCCUGUCUGUCUAAGAGGAAUUCCCCAGGUACCAAAUGAACAAGCCAAAAUUAGAAAGACCAGAUGGCUCUUGAGAUCUGCCUGAAAUUCUUGCUCAGUCUGUCACCAUCAACAUGGAAACUGCAUAGAACUGGAUGAUAUGACUCCAUCCCACCAUUUGUUACCAGCGCAUCCAUGGGUAUCACCUUUGGGCCACUAAACUUUCAUUUAGAAAACCCAAGCUUUUACUAAAGAAACUACAUGGAAUAAAUUCUACCAUUCAGGGUCCAUCCAUCCCAACCAUCACUUUCCAUGUUAUUUGCAUUGAAACAAUGUAAUUUCUUGGAAAAAUAAAGCAUCCAUAAAUCCUUGUGGUCA